AUGGCGAUUUACCCCGGUCCGCAAGGCAACAGAGUCAUGUACCCGGCGUACUACUGCUGCACACCAGUCGUGACGCCGCUCGUCGUCGGCCCGGUAGUGACGGCCCCAAUGGUAACAACCCCAGCGGUAACGACCCCCGUAGUAGUGACGACCCCAGUAGUGACGUACCCGGUACAGCAGCCUCAGGUGGUCGUUCAGCCCGUGCAGCCCGUCGUUCCCCUGGUUUACCCGGUAUACCCGGCCGCUGUGGUCCCCGUUGCUACACCGGGCUGCCAGUUCUUUAUGUAUAACCGAAAGCGAGGCUGA